AUGCUGAGGCUGGUGUACGACUAUCCGACGGUGGAGAGCUCCGAGCCGCUCGAGACGUACGCACGCACGUCGCCUCACCGCUACUCGUCGAUAGCGGCGGCAGACAAGUACCUGCUGCGGUAUGCGUCCAACACUUGGACCGUGCGGUUCCCGCUGUGCGUGGUGCUGGCGCAGACGCAGACGGUCCGGCUUCCGGUGGUGUUUGACACGCGGGGCGGCGGGGGCGGGCCGUUGUCGGUGGAGAUCCCUGGUCAGAGCCUCUCGGCGGUGGGCCUGGUGGCGGUGCAGGAGUGUUCUGAGACGGCGUCCGUGACGCUCGAGGCCGGCUGCGAGGUGUACUUCCUCGCAGAGUCGGUCCUCGUGCGGUUGCCGCAGACAGAGCGCCUCAGCACGCUCUACCCGCAGCUGCCCCGGGACGGGCUCGCCUUCUGCUUCUCCUACACAGACAUCCUCGGCCACCGCAUCCAGGACAACCUCACGAGGCUGGGCCUCUCGGUUCAGGGCUGCGAGAUGACGCUGUCGCCGCUGCAGCGGUUCCCUCCGCAGCCGCUCGUGGCGGGCGUGUUCCAGCGCUACGCGGACCUGACGCCGCUGCAGGCGUUGCAGCUGGUGGACAGCGCCAUUGUCGACGGCAGAGAGCUUGUCCGCAAGAUGACGGAGUACACGCGGUCCGCCGGGUCUGCCGGCACGAGUGCCGGCACGGGCGCAGGCACGGAGGACGAGGUGCUGCUCUUCCAGAGCGGCCAGGGCGACGACGACGGCGGCGGCUACGCGGAGAGCUACACGGAGGACGACGCAGUCGGGAUGCACGUCGAGAUGGUCGGCGGGUUCAAGGCGGCGGGCGUGAAGCGGGCCCGGCGACGGUCCGACGAGGCCGUGGCUGCGGACAACGAUGUGGCCGCCGCCGCCGCUGCUGCUGCUGCAAAACAUAAAAGACUGUAUUCGGCUGGCAUCUAA